AAAACAUGAAUAUUCAUAUGACCUUUGAGAAGCUCCCGGAUGUAUCUCCCUCUUUUACACACGGGCAAAAUGGCGGAAGGUGCUCCUACUAAGCUGCCCACUCAACCCGAGACCCUCUUGAAGAAGAGGAAGCGGGCCCAAACCGAGAAGGCACGGAGGGCCCAGAUCAGGCUUCUCAAGAAAAAGAGAAAUGCUACCAAGAGAAAGACUAUCUUCAAGCGUGCUGAGCAGUACGUCAAGGAGUACAGGAAGAAGGAACGUGACACCAUCAGACUGAAGCGCAUGGCCAGAAAGCAUGACAACUUCUACGUUCCUGACGAGCCCAGACUCGGAUUUGUCGUCAGAAUCCGUGGUAUUAACGGUGUGAGCCCAAGAGUGCGUAAGAUCCUUCAGCUUCUUCGUCUGCGCCAGAUCCACAAUGGAACCUUCAUCCGUCUCAACAAGGCAACAAUCCAGAUGCUGCGUCUUGUAGAACCCUACAUUGCCUGGGGGUACCCCAAUUUGAAGUCUGUGCGUGAGCUGAUCUACAAGCGUGGAUUCGGCAAAGUCCAGAUGAGGCGUGUACCAAUCACCUCAAACGACGUCGUUGAGGGAACACUAGGCAAGUGGGGCAUCAUCUGUGUCGAAGAUCUCAUCCACGAGAUCUUCACCACAGGUCCCCGAUUCAAGUACGCCAACAACUUCCUCUGGCCCUUCAAGCUCAGCAGUCCCCGUGGUGGCUACCGCAAGAAGGGAAACCACUACGUCGAGGGCGGUGACUACGGCAACAGAGAGGACAAGAUCAAUGACUUCAUCCGUCACAUGAAUUGAGUCCGACUUUAAGAAGACCACAGGGAGAAGAGGAGGAGUUUCUCGGCACAAUAGAGAGUGUCCAUCUUGAAGCGUUCAAAGAAGGGUCACUGUUAGGCCGUGUCUGAAUUGACAGUUGUGGCUGCGGCUUUUGCUAAUGGUUCCAAAGUGAUCCCAUAGCAGCAGCCAUAGCCACUUUAUUCGGAGACGGCUUUUACUUUGAAGAUACUAAUGAAAAUGCCUGUUUUCAAUCACUAUAAAAUUAGUGACACAGUCAAAUGUGAUAUAAAUGUGGACAAUACUGGUUCAGAAGCCCAAUAAAAAAACCAACAUCUUACUAUAAAUGGAAA